AUGCAACUAUAAAUAUUGCUCAACCUCAAUCAUACUUAUCACAACUUCAUUAGCAAAAUAAAAAUCAUAGAUUACCUCUUCACAUUCCUUUGCAUUUGUCACCAAAGAGUUCUUGGUUUUUACUCUCACUAGCAAGCUUUUAACAAUGAUGAAGAAAGUAGUGUUAACUGUGGACUUACACGAUGAUAGAAUCAAGCGAAAAGCUAUGAAGACAGCAUCUGGCCUUUCAGGGGUUGAAUCAGUUUCUAUUGACAUGAAAGACAAGAAGAUGACCUUAUCUGGGGACGUUGAUGCAGUGAGUGCAGUGUGCAAGCUAAGAAAGGUGUGUCGCACUGAAAUAGUUUCAGUUGGACCAGCAAAAGAAGAGAAGAAGGGUCCAGCAGAAGUACCUGUUCCUCACAACCCCUAUGAAGCUUAUCCACUCUAUUAUUAUAUGACACCACCACUCACAAUGUAUAGUUAAAAAGGUUUAAUUUGAAGAGAAUCCUAGAAUAGAGUAGUGGAUGUGUAUGCUAAUUAAAUUUUAUGUAGAAUAGUUUUAAGUUUAAUAAAAUCAUAUAUCAUAGCCAUUUUUGUGGGUUUUAUUUAUAUUUUUCUUGGUCUAGUAGAUUGAAGACCAUUGUAUUGUGUCCAUGGGAGUAGACACGCGUAGGAUUUGACUUUCUUCGUCAUUUUGUAAAAUGUAGACAAGAUGUUGGUGUUUUUCAUAUAUAAGAUUCGAGUGGAAAUUGGAAAUGUUUUUCUUAAUA